AUGGACGACACUGUGCAUAAUCAAGCUGAGAGAGAGACAAUGGUGAACCCUUUCAAGAUUUACAAGCCCUUGUUGCGAGCGACCAUGAGGCUCGCCGGAUUGAGACCUCAAAAGAUCGAGAUCGAACCGGGGACUGUCAUGAACAUCUGGGCUCCGACCCGAUCCAAGAAGAAUGCCAACAACGGUAAAAAACCUGCCGUCGUCUUCCUCCACGGCUUCGUUGGCGACGGCAUCCUGACGUGGCAGUUCCAAGUCCUCGCCCUUGCUGGGGACUAUGCGGUCUACGUGCCGGACCUCCUCUUCUUCGGUGGUUCCUCUACCGGCGAUGGCCGCUGGACUUUGGGAUUCCAGGCGGAGUGCCUGGCAAGGGGGCUGGCAAAGCUGGGAGUGCAGCAGUGCACAGUGGUCGGGUUCAGCUACGGCGCGAUGAUGACGUUCAGGCUGGCCAAGUUGCAGCCUGAGCUGGUCGAGUCGGUGGUGGCGACGUGCUCUGGCCCGGUGGUGACGGAGUCGCUGAGCCGAGAGUGCUUAGAGAGGUUGGGGUUUCCGACGUUGUCGGAAUUUCUGUUGCCUGAUUCGGCGAGUGCACUAAAGAAGUUGCUUGAAAUUGGCAGCUUCCACUUCCCUAGACUCCCCAAAUGUGUUUUCAAGCACGCUCUAGAGGUCUUGUUUGACUGCAGAAAAGAGAGAGCCGAAUUGCUGGAGGCUUUGGUCAUUCCAGACAAAGAUUUCGCUUUCCCACAGUACUCUCAGAAGGUGCAUCUGGUUUGGGGCGAGAAUGACAGGAUCUUCCCUGUUGAAGUAGCCAAAUCACUGAAAGAGUAUGUUUACAGAUUUCCAAUUAAUACGAACCGUGACAUCGACGACCCUCCGCCUCCACCUGUUGCCUCCAUUGGCCCCAACCCCAACAUCAACGCCGACGCCACCGAUGCCUCCAUUGUCGCCUCCUAA